AUGACGACGACAAGUCCACAACAGCAAACGUUUCGGUUCUGUCUGCGUAACACAGAAAAGAAAAGAGAAAAAGAAAGAAGUGGUUGAGGGGAGGGAGAUAUCGAGAUGAUACUUGCAUUGUUAUUCGCCAACUCUGAAGGGAACAUCUUAGUUGAACGCUUUAAUGGAGUUCCAGCUGAGGAACGGCUGCAUUGGAGAUCUUUCCUGGUUAAACUGGGAGCAGAUAAUCUUAAAGGUGUCAAGAAUGAAGAGCUGCUUGUUGCUUCUCACAAGUCUGUGUAUAUUGUUUACACCGUGCUUGGAGAUGUCAGCGUCUAUGUUGUUGGCAAGGAUGAGUAUGAUGAACUUGCAUUGGCAGAGGUGAUCUUUGUUAUAACCUCAGCUGUAAAGGAUGUAUGUGGGAAGCCACCAACGGAGCGCCUUUUCCUGGAUAAGUACGGAAAGAUAUGCUUGUCUUUGGAUGAAAUUAUUUGGAAGGGAUACCUGGAGAAUACAGAAAAAGACAGGAUAAGGAGGUUAGUACGUUUGAAGCCUCCAACCGAGUUUUGACCGGAAGGUACCUUGCCAUCCGUCUAUUCGGAGACAGUGAAUUCAGUGUCUUGCACUCUAUAGAAAGGCACCAUAAUCCUAUUGUUGUGUUUACUAUGCCAGCGACUGUACUAUCAUGCUUCCUGAUCAGAAUUACAGAUUUUUAUUCCAUUAUUUUGGAUGGAGCUUAUGAGUAUUGGUUUGUGGUAAAAUUUUUAUAUUGACAAAGAAAUAUAAUAUAUAAAUAUUUUGUCUGA